AUGAUUCCUUCAAGUCGCAAAAUCCUUGUUGGAAUAUCACUGGAUGCUCAAGAAAGCAGAGAAUUGCUCUACUGGGCAAUCACAUUUUUGGCUCAGCCGAAUGACACCGUCGUUGCUUUGCAUGUUCUUGUGGCAGAAGAGAACAAGAAACCAUUCGACCAAAAGAAACAAGAUAACAAGAAGUGGCAAUCAAUUACCAAAUAUCAGAAGAAAAUUCGUCAUACAAAAAAUUUUGUUAUAUCUGUAAUGGGUGAGUUUGCAAAGGCCUGCCAAUCAAAACAGGUGGAUUUGGAGGCUAGAGUUGGUUUUAGCUCGAAAGUUGGAAGAGGACUUGCCAAGGAAGCGAAAAGCAUAUCUGCAGACUUUCUUCUCAUUGGUGGCAAAAUCAACCAGUCAAACAAACCAUCACGCAGAAUUAGAAAGUAUUGUUGCGACCAUGUCCCUGAAGGCUGUUCAUUAGUACUGGUUGGGAAAUACAGAUGCCUACCACCAAAUUUUCAUUCAAACUCUAUACAAGUUGGAGAUGUUCAUCAAUCCAGCGCAAGGUGGUCAGAAAAAGAUAGUCAAACAAGCAAAUCAGUUUCAUCAGAUGAAGAGCGCACUGGCUCAAAAGCAAAGACAGAAAAACGUUCACCUAGGACUGUGCUGGAUGCCUGUGAACGUGAAUCACAGGGCACGAUGGAGGAUGGUUCUAGCAUUGACGAAUCAAGCAUUAGAAAGUCUCCAUAUGUUGCUAGUGAGUCUAAAAGGCAAUCAGAAACCAAAAGGCCUAUGUCUCCAUUGAAGAUAAUAUCAUCCUUCUUUCGUUCACCAUUUGAUUCAAGUGCAAGAAAAAGAAAUGAUACUCUCUUCAACAAAAAUAAGCAGCAACCUACGUUUAAGUGUUUUCCCUAUGAAGAAAUUGCAAAUGCCACCAACAAUUUCCAUCCAGAGAAUAUGGUAGGACAAGGAGGGUUCUCGGAGGUGUAUAGGGGUGUCCUUAGCGAUGGACGCACCAUUGCAGUAAAGCGGCUAGCAAAUGACACAAAUGCAGACAAGGAAAAGGAGUUUCUCAUGGAGUUAGGCAUUAUAGGACAUGUUAACCACCCUAACACUGCGAGCUUAGUUGGCUGCUGCGUGGAAAAGGGCCUUUAUUUGAUCUUCAAGUUCUAUCCAAACGGAACACUGUCUUCUGCUUUACAUGGCAAACCGUGCCAAUCUCUAGACUGGCCAGUUAGGUAUAGAAUUGCCCUUGGAGUUGCAAGAGGUUUACACUAUUUACACAAAUGUUGCAAACAUCGAAUAAUACAUCGCGAUAUUAAAGCCUCUAAUGUUCUUCUAGGACCAGAUUAUGAACCACAGAUUUCAGAUUUUGGGCUUGCAAAAUGGUUACCUAACAAAUGGACGCACCAUGCUGUGAUUCCAAUUGAGGGUACAUUCGGGUACUUAGCACCAGAGUAUUUCAUGCAUGGAAUUGUGGAUGAGAAAACAGAUGUUUUUGCAUUUGGGAUUCUUCUUUUAGAGAUCAUAACUGGGAGGAGACCAGUGGACUCAUCACAACAAAACCUGCUUCUAUGGGCGAAGCCCUUGAUGGAAUCUGGAAAAUUAAGUGAACUAGCUGAUCCCAGAUUAGAAGACAAAUAUGAUAUGGUACAAUUGCAUAGGCUGGUGCUCACUGCUUCAUAUUGCGUCAGGCAAACCUCAAUCUGGCGACCCUCGAUGACUGAAGUUUUGGAGUUGUUAACAUUUGGAAAUGACUCUGAAGAAGCAAGAAGUUGGAGAAUACCAAAAUUUACAAGUGAUGAAAUGGAUGAUUACUCUAUGGUUUUUGGAUAUCAACUUCCAUCAGAUAUAUCUUUGGAAGACUUUUAAUAUGCAGUCCAGGAGUAGAUAGGACCCUGCUCCUUUGCCAGUUCUUAUUUCACUUUUCUGUUCCUGAUUUCUCCUCUUAUAUAUACAUGGUUUUUGGGCCAAACCUAUGUAGUUUCAGGGUUUAAAUAGAACUUGGAGUAUUGACGAAUAUGGUAUCUUGUGAUGAGUUUGACCCACAAAGAA